GUCUCAGGUUCCUGGAGUAGAAGACUUGCGGCUUUGUUUGAUUUCUGCCUUAUCAGAGUGAUUUGAAAUUAGACGCUCUGCACAGCAUUUUUCUGUCACAAUGUGGCGAGAGUUUAAAUCGCACAGAGGAUGCGGCGAAGAGCUGAAAGCAGCAGAGACCCAGGGUGUCUGAUUGCGGGUCUCGUGUUCACUUCGGGCUUACAUAGGAUCUCAGUUCAUUUCAGCGAGGAUCCAGAUGCUAUUUGCUCACAAUAUGGAUUGUCUUGCGUGGAAAAGUAGGUUCCAGAUUGCAUUCACACUCAGUGUCUUCUUCAUCCUAUCUUGCUCAAUUACUCAAGGGGCUAAUAUACUGGUUGUUCCUGUGGAUGGAAGCCACUGGAUCAAUAUGAGGAUUCUAAUUGAACAACUGAAACCACGUGGACAUAACAUUUCUGUGCUUCAUUUCCCAGGAACUUUGUACAUUAAAGAGAAGCCUGAUCUAUAUCAAUCCAUUAUGGUUGGAGUGCACAGAGCUGCUGGAGAUAAUAACAGUGCAGAGGUUAUCCGGAGUUUAAUAAAAAACGCAUUGGAAGCUUUACAGAAUGGUUAUUACUCUUUUGCAUUUCAUUACGAAACUAUAUCUUUUCUCCACAAUUGUCACUCAUGGUCGCGAGAGUGUAUUAUUGCAAUUUUUCAAAACAAACAUUUGUUAAAACAACUGGAAAUUGCCCACUUUGACUUAGUACUGACCGAUCCUGCUUUUCCUAUUGGUUCAAUCGUGGCUUACUAUUUCAAAAUCCCCAUGGUGUACAAUGUCCGAUGGGUUACUACUGGAGAAGCUCAGUUUUUAACUGCCCCAUCACCACUGUCUUUUGUCCCAACCCCUGGUUCCAGAUUGACAGAUAAAAUGAGUUUUCUUCAAAGAACGCAAAACGUAUGUCAAAAUCUGCUUCAAACACUCAUGUUAAACAAUUUAGUUGAGCCAAUGUACAAUGAUCUCUGCCAUCGCUAUCUGGGCCCAGACACAGACGUUGAGACUGUUCUUCUCAGUGCAGAUGUGUGGCUGAUGAGAGUAGAUUUUAUAUUUGAAUUCCCAAGACCCACCAUGCCCAAUAUCGUUUAUGUUGGAGGAUUCCAGUGCAAACCAUCCAAACCUCUAGAGGCAGAGUUUGAAGAAUUUGUCCAGUCCUCAGGAGAACAUGGGAUUAUUGUCAUGUCAAUGGGGACCAUUGUCAACUCUUUGCCAAUGCAUAUCACAAUGAAAAUAGCAGAGGCCUUGGCUCAAGUGCCUCAGAAAAUUAUCUGGAGGUAUGAUGGAGAGAUCCCUCCCAAUAUUGGAAAUAAUAUAUUACUGUCAAAAUGGAUCCCUCAGAAUGAUCUACUAGGACACCCAAAGACACAAGUCUUUGUUGCUCAUGGUGGCACCAAUGGAGUUUAUGAAGCCAUCUAUCAUGGGGUGCCAAUAGUUGGCAUGCCUCUGCUUUUCGACCAGUUUGAUAAUUUACUCAGACUUGAAGUCCGAGGUGCAGCAAAAGUGAUGAACAUUGCAACCAUGCAGUCAACAGAUCUACUGCAGGCACUUAAUGAGGUUAUAUAUAACACAUCUUAUCGGGAGAACAUGCAGAAACUCUCUGCUCUCCACAGAGACCAACCUGAGUCUCCAAUGGAGAGAGCAAUUUUCUGGAUUGAGUAUGUUGCGCGACACAAAGGGGCGCCACAUUUACGCUCAGCAUCUUACAAACUUCCGUGGUAUGUUUACUAUUGUGUAGAUGUGAUGAUCUUGCUGUUGUCUUUGUUCUUCGUGUUUACUACAUUGUUAGUCCUGCUAUUGAAGAAGCUUUGUAAUAUAUCUCGAAAGAAGAAACAAAAGACCCAGUAAGAUUUAUGCUUUGGUUUUGAAUUCUAUCACAUUGACAGUAGACUCCUUUAUUCCUGUAUCAAAUACAAUUAUGUUUAAUUUUAAAGCAAACUUUGGUGAGAUAACACUGGAAAAGCAUGCCAGUCAAUAGUGAUUAUUAGUCAAUAAGAGCGGGUACGAAGGGUGAAUUUCUAUUUAGUAGAAUGUUUUUUUCUGAUGCAACAAUGCUUAUGUUAUCCUCAUAACAUAGAAGACAACAUAUAGAUGAUGUAGUAUGCAACAGACAUGUAUUACAGCACAAUAAGAUAUACAAAUAUUACAUUCAUGGGCACAUCAAUAUUUGGGCUCACAUUAACUAUUCGGUUAUUAACAGCAGAUUGCUUUCAUUAGCCUGUCGUGCCACACGUGAUCUCAAGUAAGAUGGAGUCUUUGACUUUUAUACCGUAAGGUCACAUGCUACGAUACAGCAAUGAUCAUGAGCAUCACUCUUAAAGGUAUACUGACCAUGAGAUUUCAAACACAAUUCAAUGUGUGGUGGAGAGUUUAAAUAAGUUUGUGAGGCCUCUGAGGUUCACUGGUAAAGAUACCCAUUUGAUGGCAUUUAUCCUAGGAUUGUCUGGGAAGCAAGGGAGGAGAUUGCAGAGCCAUUGGCCUUGAUU